AUGGCGGUGGUGAAAAAUAUGAAAUGGUUUAACCGACGUGUCGAGUCGUCGAGUUCUCGAGGCUUCAUCGCAGCCUCUCGGCUGUUACAUCGAGUACCAUAUUUUCCCUGUGGACGACACGACACGCAAACUGGGAGCCUCAACUCUAACGUCGUGACGACCGCUCAAGACGACGUCGGACCACCUCCGCUAACCCUCGCCGUCGUCCUCGUCGUCGUCGGUGAUUACGUGGUCGCUGGAAGAACAGAGUCAUUGACUCGGUGA